GUUCCAGUUUGCUUUCUUAAAAUGGAUCGAAUAUGAGGGUUUGUUCGAGCGCGUCUAUCCCUGGCGCCUUAAUCCAGUCCGUUUCAGAUAAAUUGAAUUUUGAUUGGUUCAAAAAUUCUCUACCUACAGAUAGUCGUACAGAUGCAAUUCUUGUGGAGUAUAUGAGUACGCUCCUAGCAGGCAUUCCCGUGAGUUCAUUCUGGCGGAAUGUGAGAAUCGCACGCCCGGCUGCAGCACCGCAGGGCCAUGUGUCUCCAGGCUCUCUUCACAUUGGCCGCAAUGCUCAUGGUGUUUCAGCAGCGGCGACUGCAGCCUGAGGCUCCGAACCCCGCAAUGAUUGACAGGAGGGAUUCGAUAAUACGUAGCCGAGCAGCCCAGCUCCAGAGUCCCUGAGCUUUUCAAGAACUUGUCCAAGAUCGGCUGUCAAGAAUCAUGGACUGUUUUCAUCUGCCUUGUUUUCUGUCAAGACACCAUGAUUCCUGGUAACCGAAUGCUGAUGGUAAUUUUAUUAUGCCAGGUCUUACUGGGAGGUAAUGCUAGUCUGAUACCAGAGGAAGGGAGGAAAAAGUUUACUGAGCAAAGCCAGGCGGGUGGACGUCGCUCUCUGCAAAACCAUGAACUGCUACGGGAAUUUGAGGCCACUUUACUCAACAUGUUCGGACUGCAACGGCGCCCACAGCCCAGUAAGUCCGCUGUCGUCCCCCAGUACAUGCUGGAUCUGUACAGGCUGCAGUCCGGGGACGAGGUCACUCACGACAUUAGUUUCGAAUAUCCUGAGAGAUCCACAAGCCGGGCCAACACCGUGAGGAGCUUUCACCAUGAAGAACACUUGGAGCUGAUGCCCGGGCAGAGGGAAGUCUCGCAGCUUCGCUUCGUGUUUAAUAUCAGCGUGGUGCCUGAGAACGAGGUGCUGGCUUCUGCAGAGCUGCGGCUGUACCGGGAGCGAAUCGACAGCGUGUGGGACCGGGCCGACGGACUCCACCGGAUCAACGUCUACGAGAUCAUGAGAGCCCCCAGCGAGACGGGCGAGCUGAUCACCAGGCUCUUAGACACCAGGCUGGUCCACCAGAACCGGACACGGUGGGAGAGCUUCGAUGUCAGCCCGGCGGUACUCAGAUGGACCAUGCAAAAGCAGCCCAACCACGGGCUGGCAGUGGAGGUCACCCACCUGAACGGGUCAAAAAGUCAGCACGUCCGAAUGCGCCGGUCGCUGCAGCAGAGGCACGGCGAGUGGUCGCAGCUCAGGCCCUUGCUUGUCACGUUCAGCCACGAUGGCAAGGGCCACGCUCUCACCCGGAGGGUGAAACGCAGCAGCAAGGGCCAGAGGCGCAAGAAAAACAAAUCGCACUGCAGGAGGCACUCUCUCUAUGUGGAUUUCAGCGAUGUGGGCUGGAACGACUGGAUAGUGGCACCCCCUGGUUACCAAGCUUUUUACUGUCACGGGGACUGCCCGUUCCCACUGGCGGACCAUCUAAACUCGACCAACCACGCCAUCGUGCAGACCCUGGUCAAUUCUGUUAAUGCCAACAUCCCUAAAGCUUGCUGUGUCCCGACGGAACUCAGUCCCAUCUCAAUGCUCUACUUGGACGAAUAUGAUAAAGUUGUUCUGAAAAACUAUCAGGAAAUGGUUGUAGAGGGAUGUGGGUGCCGCUGAGAAAUAAUAAGAAUUGAUCUUUUUUUUUAAAAAAAUGCCUGGACACUAUUCAUAACAGCGUUCACCAUUACAUUAUUUAUGACUUAUGUGCAAAUGUUGACCAUAUGAUCAUAUAUUUUGACAAAAUAUAUUUAUAACUACAUAUAAAAGGAAAAUAAAAAUGAGUCAUAUUUUAAACGUAAAAUAAAUUUCUGUACAACGUCUUUGUUAACUGUAUAUUAGAAUGUAUAUGUUUAAAUUGGAAUAUAGAAAAAAUGUUCAUAAAUGUUCAUGAAGUGUACUAUUUAUUAUUUUUCACCUUUUUUGCAGUUAAAUUCACAGUGUGGAAGUGUUUGCAGAAUUACCUAUCUAAAACUGAGUUCUCUCAGAAGAAACGAUUUAAGUAUUGUCGUGCCUUUUAUUGGGAAGCUGAUUGUUAUUUUUUUAAAAAAGGUGUGAACGGAGACUAGCAUACAUGGAAAAUGUCAACAAACCCGGUCCUGAUGCUAAUGGCUGUAUCUGGGUCUCUUUGGUUCGCUGGGUAGUUAUUGGACAGUGAAUAGCUGGAAAGGACAGGGUGGUCUUGCAGAAGAUGCAGUAAAAGGCUGGAUCUCCUUUACUGUUUUCAGACCUGUUUUGUCUUUCAUGUCCCUGGCAUGUCAGACCCUGUGGCAGGGACACCUUGACGCAGAUCAAACAGCUGCUUGCGCCAAACCAGAAGUCAGAUUCCAAUUAACAGUGUACCUUAAACUAACACUUGUCAAAUUUCUCUCGUGAUUAAACUUUAAUUUGCUGAAAUCUCUUUUUAGUGAGAAUAUAGUUGUCACCAGGGGUUACUGUAUUACGGUGUUUCUCCUUUCAUCUGUGCCCUCCUCUUCCCCAGCCCAUCCCCCUCCAAAUCAAAAAAAAAGGGUUUGCCUUCCAGCAAAUCAUUGUCAAACGAAUGGGAGGAAGGUAGCGGGAGGGUUAGCAGAUGUUAAUCAAGGCUGCAUGCAGCCUUAAUUUUUUGGAGAUGUUGAAAUGCAGACAGCUUAGGCCCAAAAAGGGUCUAGCUAGCCUGCAAACUCCAGAGGAAAGCUGCAAGAGUUGCCUCAGCCUGUGCUCCCUGGAGUGUGCAGGUGGAGAAAGCGGAUCAGGCCCUCAGGCAAAAAAACUCAGCCAUGCUCCGCAAUUUACUCACGGCCCUGUUAGUUUUCAACUGUGGCCAAGUUGGAUAAAUCUUUAAAAAGGAUCUGAUGAUUGCAUUCCCUCAGGAAACAUUUGUUUUCGUUCCACAUCAUAUCUCCUAAACUGUAUACCAUGGUGGGGGAGGGGGGGGGGGAGCGACUUUCAUGUCUGAAAUAUUUAGCAAUGUAUUCCAGCCCUGAAGUAGUCUGGUCUGCCUUGGGUCGCUCCACACAAGUGACUUUGUCCUUUUUUUAAUGACUACAAACAGUAUGGAAUUGUAUGUCAAGUUUAUUCCUUUACACUGCUUUUGUCACGUGGCAUCGGAAUUAUGCGUCGACAUUUUCUUUAAAAAAAAACGAAUGUAAUAUUCGCAUUUGAAGUGAUUAUACAUGCUACUGUUGUGUUUAAGAGGAAUUCAAAUGUUAGCCUUUGUUGAACAGAAAUGGAGGCAGGGGACGAUGUAAAUGCCGAGUUGGUUUGGUCAGGUACACGCCCGCAGGCUGAGAUUGAGCUAACACCAAAACUCCAUGAGGAGGCAAGGCGCCUGCUCCUAUUUCGAAUUCAUCCUGAUUUUUAUCUUCAGCGUUUGCCUGUGCGUUUUAUCUGUGAAUUAUAAACAUUUAGUCAAUAGACGAAUCAUUUCUGUUUGGAGUUGAACCCCUCUGGAAUAUCUGUUUGUAAAGACAAUCCUGAUGGCCGGAUAGUAAAUGUCACAUUUGGAUUCAAACCCGUGAUUGAAGUCAUUCCUCAGAACUGCCUAUGUCCAUUUUGUUUCCUUAUGUUUCUGUCCAGAAUUUUGUUUUUUUUUGGAAAAGGAGCGAAAUUAUUCUCACUCGAUUCGGAAAAGGAAUGAUUGAGGGAAAAUUCCGUUGUAUGUUAUAGAAGCGCUUUGAUUCUCAUGUCAUAGUGUCCUUGAAACUUGCCCCCAUUUCCUUGGUGCCCCGGCUCCAUAUUGAUCCAAUUAUAUCCAGCAUCUUGUCCAAAACAAUCACAAAGCAUCCAGAAGGUGCCGCUUCACUGAAUGAGAGCAGCAGGAACCCCCCCAGUCUGCUACUGCUGCCUCCCCAGAUCUCAGCCAACACAAGAAAACCUCUCACUCAAACUCAUCGUCUCCCAGUGGCCGUGACGGCAAAGUCACUUCUUUUUGUUCGGAGUUUCCAAACUGACCGCAAAGGAAAUCAGUUCUCCCUUCUGCCCCACAAUCGCUGUACCUGUACUAUCUCUGAGAAAGGCCCGAGGCGGCGAUCUGCUGCCUUCUCUCUGACGCCUACAUAUCGGGCAGAACCAAGCCGAGGAAAGAAUUUCAUUUUGAAGUGGCCAUAAGCUGAAAGGGGAGUGCUUUUCAGCUGUUUUGACAGCGCAAUUACAGACAUUUCAACUGAUAGGCUUCAUUCAGAUAACAUCGCCCUGCCAUUACCAAAUCUGGAACGGUAAUUGUCUGCUAGCUCAUUACUCCAACACUCAAUUCUUCCAGCUACAUGGAAAUCAAGUACACAUUUAUUAAAACGCUUCAGGAAAUGAAGCGACAGCCUUCCUGCAUAUGUGCAUACCUCUCUAGACUUCUUAGCGCCAUAAGCAAACGUUUGAAGCUAUGUAACUGAUUGUAACAUUACACUUAUGUAUUUCAACUUUAAUCUUGGUUAAAAUAUAUCUCGUAUUCUUUAA